AUGCCCGACCUCGGUGCACCACCCCUUCUGCGCUGUGAGACGCUCCUCGUCGCCGCCGAGCAAAGCACCGUGGCCCUUGUGACGCAGCUCGCGCACGAGCAGGCGUCGAUCGCCGAGGCGCGCGCAACGACCGAGACCAAGUGGAAGGACAUUGCCCUCGGCCAAGAACACGAAAUCACACGGCUCAAAGACGAGCUACGGCUACUGCGCGUGGAGCUACGAGACGCUGUCCAGCGCAACGCGUGCACGGAGGAGGACUUGACGACGACGGCCCGCGCGACGGCCGCGCGCAACGACGAGCUCCAAGCGCUCUUGGCCACGUCGCAUGCCAACAACGCCGUCUUGAUGGACCAAGUCCGCGCCCAGCGAGAGUCCCUCGAGGAGUUGCAGUUGCGGCUGCGGCGUCACGUCGAGCAAGAAACGAGUGACAAACAUACCAUCACCGUCCUUCGGGACGCAUGUGACGCCGAGCGCCGUGCCAAAGACAAGCUUGAGGCGCUCCUCGUCGCCAUGGUGCAGGCAGCGAAUGCCCCACCGAGUACGCAUGGUUUUCGAACGGUCCUCGAGGUUCCGUCCACUUCGCUCUUGCACGCUGCAUCGAAAAAGCCGAAUGUGGCGCCACCGCCCAAGCCGCGUCUGGGCGUCGUGGAAACGGCACCCGUGACGCCAACGUGGAAGUAAAGAAGAGGACAACGUCAAGAGUCCAACCAAAAUAUACUACAUCGACAACGUUCGC